UGUAUAUAAUUUUCAAAUAAAUGCUAUAUAUAUAUAGUGUUAAAAUAAGUGCUAUGUAUAUAAUCUUAACUCUGCUGCAAAGAUAUAGUUUCAAGUUUUUUGCUUUGACAGAAUAAUAGAAUAGCUAAUAUAUAGUUAUGCUUGUAAUUGAACUGUUUAAUUAAAAUAACCUCCACUGAACAUAUAAUGAAGAGCCCACUACUGAUAUGCCAAUUAUCAGCAUCCACCACCUAAAAAAAGUAUAAACCAAAGCCCCAAGUAGAAGUAAUAAAAAGAACAACCUUAAAACACAGCCAAAAAUCACGCGUGCUCUAAUAAAAGCAAACCCAAAGAAUAGCCACACUAAACAGUUCCUAAAAUAAUAGUUAAAAAUGAGUUUAUAAAAAAAAUAAAUACACAUAGUUGUCAAUAAAUAUUCAACAAGCUCAUGUAAUAAAAAAAAAGUUUUUUAAAAAUGUGUCUGAAACCAGUGCGAGCGCUCUUGGCUGAAUGCCCAGGAUACAUCUGUUCAAAGAUAAACCUUUGCUUUAUCUGCCUCCUUUUAUCUUUUUAUUAAACCUUUUAAAUUUUACCGAGAAAAUAAACCUCAUUUUCCACAGGCCUUGUUGGGGACCCUCAGGGGACACUGGGGACACUCGAGGAAGGGGCGACAUUGUGACGUACAUGGCCCCUCCCCCUUCACCAGCGGCGUCAUCUUAGGGGCCGCCCUUCGCGGGUGUGCGGAGUGUCACCGGCUGUGCGCUGCUGUUCGCUCCCCGGAGUGUCCCGGAGUGUCCCCACACUGUCCCCACAGGGUCCCAGAGUGACCCCAGCGGUCAUGGAGAGUGGCAAGGUGCUGGAGGCUGUGGUAGCCGUGGUGGCCACCCUGGGCGAGCUGGCAGCCACCCUGAGCCCACCAUCCAGGAGUGUGUGGCCUCUCUUGUACCCACAAUACCUGCACGACAAACUGAGGAAAUUCACGUGGCACCUCCGGGACACCCUGGAGCACCAUGGCAAUGUUGCCUCCCUGGGCAGGGCCGCGGCCACCCUCGGGGCCACCCCAGGGGCCACCUGGGCUGAAGUGAUAGCUGCAGAGAAUGCCUGGCGGGAGUCAGUGGAUGGGCUCAGGGAAAGCUGGGAACGGCUGUCCUGGAAGGCCAUGGAGCUCCGCACCACCUGGAAGAUCGCAGCCACCGAUGAGGCCACUGCCGAGGCCACCACCAGCGGCCUGGCCAGGGACCCGCAGGAUGGGACUGCCGGCUGGGGGACAACUGGGGACAAUCUGGACGCCACAGCUGGGCAGCGGCCAGUGGCCCUGGCCUUGGCAGUGGCCACCAAGGCCACAGAGGAGGCCAUGGUGGCCACCGGCCAGGCGGGAGCAGCCACCAGGAGCGGACAGAAGGCAGAGGCGGCCCUGGGGCUGCUGAAGCGCUUGGAGGCCGCGUGUAUGGAAGCCUCCAUGCUGCCCAUGGUGCUACAAGACUGUCUCGGUUACAUCGAGUUUAUCCUGAAGGGGACAGAGGAGGCGUCCCCCAAUGUCCCCACGAGAUUGGAGACUGCAGUGGCCGAGGCUGAGCGGCUGUGUGAGGCCAGCGGCCGCCUGGCCAAGGGUCACCUGCUGGGGACACUUCGGGAAAUCGACUUCCUCCUCUCGAGUCCCUAUGGCAGCACCGGUGGCUGCUCGGUGGCCAAGCACUGCCAAAAAGCCAGUGAGGACACUCUGAGUUCCACGGCACCAUCAUGUGGGGACACCAAGAAUGGCAGCUCAAUCCCAGGAACACCUGAACAUCCUGAAGGGACCUGGGGAAAACCCAAGCCAGGAGCAGUUUGUGACAUCGCCAGCCAGCUCCUAAGAGACCCCGACUUAUUACCCCCAGGGACACGAUGUGAACUGGCAACCUCCGAAUUGAUACGUUUUUUAAAUAACUCCUGCCAUGAAUGCAUUCCCAUAGGAGUUACUGGUAUUUCACACCAAAGACAAGACUUUCUAAUUAUAGGCAAGGACAGUAAUAAAACUCUUGGACUUUCGGUUCUUCCAGCUGUGGUUUCAGCAAAUUGUAAUGAAGAGCUGAGGGUUUUAGCUCUUGCUUACAAGGCUCCUGUGGAAAUUCAACCCAAAACACCAAUAGCUAUUGCCAUUGCAUUGUCAAUGAAUACAAAUAAGCGAGCUGUACAUCCAGAAAUGUCUUUUGAGAGCUCUAACCCUCAUGUCCGUUGGAUAAAACAUAUCACCUAUGAACUGCCAGAGCAGAGGUGCAGUCUGACACACCGUGGUGAAACAGUUCACAUUACAGGCAAGCUGGACACAGGGUCAGAUGUCACUAUAAUUCCUUAUGAGUUUUGGCCGAGCGAUUGGAAUCUGGUGCCACCUGCCUGUGCUCUCACAGGGAUUGGAGGAGGUAUACGGAGUAUCCAAAGUGAAUCCAUGAUUACUGUCACAGGUCCCGAGGGAAAGACAGCGACCACCCGUCCCUAUGUGGUGAAGAAGCCCAUCACACUAUGGGGGAGAGACGUGAUGUCCCAGUGGAGAGCAAAGAUGGAAUUGGAUUCUUGAUGGAAACCACAGCAAUGCCCGCCACUCAUUAUCAAGUUAUCAUUAUUAAACAAUCAUUAUUAUCAUUAUUAGGUUAUCAUUACUAAGUUGUCAUGGAAAUCCAAUCAGCCCAUUUGGAUAGAUCUGUGGCCUCCUGAAGAGGAAAAAAAUAAUGAGCAACUCAAAAAAUUAGUGAGUGAACAACUACAAACAGGCCACACCAAACACAAAAAUAGCACCUGGAAUUCCCCAGUUUUUGUCAUUCACAAGAAAAUCUUCUCUGAUUCCUGGAGAUUGCUUGAGGAAAAUCAGAGAAGUGAUAGAGGACAUGACGCAUGUACAACCUGGACUUCCUUGUCCUUCAGUGAUUCCAAGAGAAUGGCCUCUUGCUGUCAUCCACUUAAAAAUUGUUUUUUCAACAUUCCACUGCAUCCAGAGGAUGCUCCUCGAUUUGCCUUUCCCUUUGGUUCCAGCCAUCAGUAGAGGAGAACCAUUGCAAAGGUACCACUGGAUGGUUUUGCAGCAAGAGAUGAAAAGUUGUCCCAGAAUUUUUCAAUAUUUCAUUUGUCCCCCGCCCGACAAAAACACCCACAGAAAAAGGAUUUUACAUUACAUGGACGAUUUGCUUGUUGCAGAGCCAACUCAAAAAGAAAUGGAACAGGACUGAGACAGCGUCAUCACUGAAGUUCAGAAUGCUGGAUGAGAAAUUCUGCGUCAAAAAUACAAGAAAUCCUACCCUGGAAAUACUUAGGAUGGAGGAUGACAGAACAAACAAUCAAACCACAGAAAAUACAGCUCCGAAACAGGGUGAACACCUUGCAAGAUUUACAACAGCAUUUAGAAGAGGUCAGUUGGGUCAGAUUUGUUUUAGGAAUUACAAAUGAUGAACUUGCCCCACUUUUUAAGCUAUUGAGAGGAGACUGUGACAUCAAAUCUCCUAGAACCUUAGCACCUGGCUCUCAAAAAGCCCUUGAAAAAGUCACGGAAGCUCUUCAAAAAAGACAAGCACACCAUUGUGCCCCAGAAAAGCUUUCUUUUCUUGCAGUGUUAGGAGAAAAAAUGCAACUUUAUGUUCUCAAUUUUCACUGGGACACUUCUGAGAAAGAUUCUUUGUUAAUCCUACAGUGGGAUUUUCUUGCUUAUAGGUUUCCAAAAACAAUUUUUACAACCAUGGAAAUGACAGCUCAAAUCAUAAUUACAGCCAGAACAAGAUUGCUAACUGUGGCAGGUCAAGAUUUUGUGAUUAUGAAUUUACCUGUGAAAAAAGAUGACCUUGGUUGGGCUUUGCAAAAUUCAGAGCACUUGCAAAAUGCAUUUGUCAGAGUACAAGUCCCCCUGGGCCAAAUCCACACAGACCCAGGAGUGCCCAGAAAUGUGAGGACUGAAUUAGAACCUUCAGAGAAACUAAAGUAGAUAAAUCCACACAGACAUGAGGUAGAAAUGCAAGUUUAGUUUUCAAUAAAUAGAGGAUUUUAAGGGCCUUAGGAAAUAAGAGACUGAAUCAGUUAGCAAGAAAAAGACCUAGUUUAAAGGUCAGGUAACAUUGCCUUUUGCAAAGUUAGUUAAAUUCUAGUCAUAACAAAAACAAUGUAGCCUUGCUAAACAUUCCUAGAUAGAAUAGACAGAGCUUCAGGUGUAGAAUUUCUGUAAGAAGGGACAAAUAUUGUCGCACAUCAAUCUUAGCUUAGGAUAGGCCCAACAAGGCAAUACUGGAGUCCUGUUUCUACCUGAUUGCCAAAAAUAGAAUUACAAUGCACUGCUUUGAGCAUGCUAGCAGGCUGAGGGAGGAUCGAUCACAAAUGCCACAGUUGUUGUUGCUUCUGCAGCUGCUACUGAUAAGAAAGUGUGAAUAUAAAUAUAAAUAUAAAUAUAAAUAUAAAUAUAAAUAUAAAUAUAAAUAUAAAUAUAAAUAUAAAUAUAAAUAUAAAUAUAAAUAUAAAUAUACUGGUAAGACUCACAGAACACAGACUGCAGGUGCUCUGUCACUGCUGCUGUCGCUGCUUUUGCUUGGGACUUAGAAACUUGUGGGAAUGCAUUUCCACACCCAAGGAAACUAUUCUAUUUAAGGAAAGAAGUUUUGGUUUACGUUAGAUCAUAAAGGGAAGCCAAACUAGAAACUUCUGUGCCCUUUGCCUGUGCACUGGCCCAGUGCCAGCACAGGGGCACUGGUUGGGUUUGGCAAUGUUUCUCAGGACCUGUGGCUGCUUCUGUUGGCAAAUUGUCCCCGCUUAGUCAUCCUGUACUUAAGCAUGAGCUCAGAGCUGCUCAUGUGCUCUUUAAGGUGUCUUAGCCAGGGGUCAGAGGCUUCUCUGACACCUGUGCUUGGCUUUUGUUUCUGUAUUAUUUGUUAUUUUAUCUUUUAUUGAAACCUUUGCUUUAGAAAACACACUUGUGAAGAGCCGUCUGGCAAAUAUUAUUCAGCCACUCUGGGAAGUUUCAGGCCAACCCUCAGGCUUGAUCCAUCUUCAUGGGCUCAUUACACGCUGGCCACGUGUGAGACUGUAUCAGAGACUUUAUGUCAGAAGGUUCCUGCACACUGUGCUGGUAAGAUGCCACCGCCUCUGCUGGGGACAUGGGGACUUUGCUGGCUCGGACUGUGACACCCUCCUCAUCCAUGAGGCUGAUUUAGCCAUGCAGCCAAGGACUUUGCUUUUACAGCUCCCCAUCACCACAGCCUUCAAUGAGGACGCCCCGAAAACUUGACCCGUGAGGGCCCCGGUGGGCGCGCGGUGCCAAAGAGCCACCGAGGACAUCCCGAGGCUGCUGCGGGCACAGCAAGGUCCCGUCAUCGGGGCGGUGACGCCACUGGGGACAUCACUGGGGUCACUUGGCCGCUCCUCCCUCCCUGCUCGGUGUUUGAGACAAAUUUGGGGAAUUUUCAUCGAAACUGUCCCAAAUCCUGAUGGGAAUUCUUUUGGUGACAUCAUUGGGGACACUCAGGGAUUCAGGGGCGGAGGGUGAAUGACCCGCCUCUGUGCCUUGCAGGAGAGGCAGCAGACCCAGGUUAUAAAUGACAAUAGAAAUGACAAUAGAAAUGACAAUACAAUAUUGGCUUUUGCAUUCACAUAUCAGCUUUUGCACAUUGGUAUUGAUCACAGUGAUUUUGAUACAGUAUAAUUUACAAUUCCUUUCAGCAGCUUUUUGGUAUGACAAUCUAUCAGUUUGUGUGUGCACCGUAUAGCAAACAUAAAUGAUACCUAAAUAAAUAAAUAUUAGAUUAUAUAUUUAUAAUCCUUAAUAUGAUAAUAUUAUAAUCUAAAAAUAUUUAUAAUUAGGUUAUAAUAUUACUAUAAUCUAAUAAUAUAAAUUAUUUAUUGUAAUUUAUAUUAGUAGAUUGUAUACCAAUAUGUUAUUGUAUAAUCAAUAUUAUAUCAUAGGCCUUAGCAAAAUAUUAAAAUAAAGACUGUGCAAUGCCAAAAUGGUUUUAUAACUCUUAUAACAAACUUUUAUAUUGUAACUAUUAUAAAUUUUAUAUUAUAAAUACUAUAACUAACUUUUAUAUUUUAACUGACUCAGGGAACGUUGUAGAACAAUUCUGUCGUUCCCCACAUCUGCUGGCAGUGUGAAAACAGUGACAGAAACCAGAGUGCCAGAGAAGAAUUUAUUAAUUUACCAGACAGUGUGGAACAACAGGGUGGGACCAGGGGAAGAAAUAAAAUACAAGGAUGUGAUGUACAGGAUAUCCUGCAGACAAGUCUGAAGAAGCCAAUCAAAAGAGCUCCUGGAACAUCAAACACUCACAAGAAUGUUUGAAUGAUGUCCAAACUCAUGAAUACGUGUGUGCCCCAGCAAUGGAGCAGUGCACAGAGAACAUUGUUUUAAAACACCCCAGCACUGGGUAUUGUCCCUUUUUUAUCCCUGAUUAAACUUGUAACAAUUUCAAA